UCUAAUCUGGAAGCUAUCUUCUUCCAAGAAACCCACCAAAACCCUACCUCCAGGGCCAUGGAAAUUACCUCUCAUCGGAAACCUACACCAACUUACUGGCUCCCUACCUCAUCGUUCUCUCACAAAUCUUGCAAACAAGUACGGGCCCUUCAUCCAUCUUCAACUUGGACAGGUUUCUCAUAUCAUAGUGUCUGCACCUGAAUAUGCCAAAGAAAUAUUGAAGACACAUGAUCGGGUCUUUGCAAAUAGGCCAAAAAGUCUUGCCACUGACGUCUUUUCUUACAAUAGAACAGAUAUUGUCUUCUCCCCAUAUGGAAAUUAUUGGAGGCAGCUUCGAAAGAUUUGUCUGCUAGAGCUUUUCUCACCGAAGAGGGUUCAGACUUUUAGAAGAAUAAGAGAAGAGGAGGUAUCGACACUUUUGAGGAACAUCUCUGAACAUGAAGAAAGACGGUGAUAGAGUGUUUGAUGAUAUCAUCAGAGACCACAUAGAAAAGAACAGGAACAAUGAUGGAGAGUACGAGAAGGAUCUCGUUGAUGUUCUUCUCAGGAUUCAAAAGGACAAUGACUUUGAGACCCCAUUAUCUUUCGAAAACGUUAAAGCAGUUCUUAAAGAUGUUUUAUUUGCUGGAACUGAAACAACAGCAACGACAACAAACUGGGCAAUGUCAGAAUUGCUCAAAAACCCAGAAGCUAUGGAGGAGGCACAAAUGGAGGUAAGAAGAGUUUAUGGAAGCAAAGGAUAUGUAGAUGAAUCAGAACUUCACCAAUUAAAAUAUUUAGCUGCUGUCAUCAAAGAAACUCUAAGGUUACAUCCACCAGGAGUAUUGUUGGUUCCGAGAGAGAACUAUGAGAGUUGUGAAAUUAAUGGAUAUGUGAUACCACCCAAGACAAAGAUUAUCGUUAAUGCUUGGGCCAUUGCAAGAGAUCCCAAGAAUUGGAAUGAUCCAGAGAUGUUUGAACCAAGGAGGUUUCUUGAUACAAUGGUUGAUUACAACUUCAAAGGUUCAAAUUUUGAGUAUAUCCCGUUUGGUGCUGGAAGAAGAAUAUGUCCUGGAAUUACAUUUGCUAUACCUGUUUUAGAGUUGUUGCUUUCCAAUUUGCUUUACCAUUUUAAUUGGAAACUUCCAAACGGGAUGAAGCCUGAGGAGUUAGACAUGGAUGAGUUAUUUGGGGCCUCAGUAGGAAGGAAAAAGGAUUUAAUUGUAAUUCCCAUCGGCUAUUCUCCUUAGUACUAUAUGUCCUUGUCACAUGGUGUUAAAACUCAAUUAAGUCGGUAGGGCACACUAUUAAAUGAAUAAACUACUCUUUUGGACUUUUGGUUUUCUGAUCA